CCACCCCCCGCUGAUCGCCCGCCUCAGUCUGGGCAACGGCUCAGGCCAUCCUGCAGGCCACAUGCACAAGCCAUGACCCUCAAUUCUCCCCGCCGCACGACGAGUGGUGGAAUCUUGUACUACCUAGACUUGCCUUCUUAGCCCCGGAUGCAAUCAUGUCGACUUCGCGGGAGAAACUUGAAAUAGAUUAUAAUGGGAAAUUGCAUAGUCGCGGGGUACCUAGUACACGUCAUGGUGCCAUUGGUAGCUACGGGCGUGUUAAGCCUCGGACGUCCUGGUAAGGGUAUUUACAGAGAUGUUGUCCCUGUUUUCAGGUACUUAAUCAAUUUGCUGAUUCUGUCCUAAUUGUUCCAGGAUGAGACGAAUUUCCAAGCUCGCGGGUGCCAUUGCGCUCUCCUGCUUCGCAGUUCAAACCUGCGCCAAAGCAGUGGGCUACUCGCCGAAGGAGUGGAUUAGAACAUCCAAAAGAGGUCCGCUACAAGAUAUUGUCACUUGGGAUGAGGACUCACUAUUUGUCAAUGGCGAGCGUUUACUUUUAUAUAGCGGCGAGGUGCAUCCCUACAGACUCCCUGUCCCUGAUUUGCAUCGCGAUAUUUUCCAAAAGAUCAAAGCUCUUGGUUACAAUGGCGUGUCUUUCUACGUGGAUUGGGCGCUACUAGAAGGCAAGCCUGGGACCUAUCGCGCAGAUGGUGUCUUCGACUUGAAGCCUUUCUUCGAUGCUGCUUCAGAGGUUGGCAUAUACCUCAUUGCCCGUCCAGGCCCUUACAUCAACGCCGAGGUUAGUGGAGGAGGAUUCCCAGGUUGGCUGCAGCGCGUAAAUGGUACAUUGCGAACCAAAUCUCCCGAGUUCCUUAAAGCGACAGACUUGUAUAUGGCCAGCAUUGGAAAGACGAUUGCAGAUGCUCAAAUCACAAACGGUGGGCCAAUUAUCCUAGUCCAGCCGGAAAAUGAAUACACACAGGCCACAUCCGACCAGGUCUUCCCUGAUCCAGACUACAUGGAGUACAUCUACAAACAGCUUCGCGAUGCCGGAGUCGUUGUCCCUCUCAUCAGCAAUGAUGCUUCACCCAAAGGACACAACGCCCCGGGACAACCUGCGCCCGUAGACAUCUACGGCCACGACGGCUACCCCCUUGGAUUCGACUGCGCGAAUCCAGCCGUUUGGCCAGAUAAAGCUCUACCAGCAAAUUGGAGACAGCUGCACGAGCAACAGAGCCCAAGCACCCCUUACUCGAUUCUGGAGUUCCAGGGAGGAUCCUUCGAUCCUUGGGGCGGUCCAGGGUUUGACAAGUGCGAAGUACUAGUCAGUUCAGAGUUCCAGCGAGUAUUCUACAAGAACCUCUACAGUUUCGGCGUCACGAUAUUGAAUCUUUACAUGACAUUUGGCGGAACGAAUUGGGGCAAUCUCGGACACCCUGGCGGAUACACAUCGUACGACUACGCAGCCGUGAUCCGCGAAGAUCGUCGAGUCGACAGGGAGAAAUACUCCGAGCAGAAGCUGCAAGCAAACUUCUUGAAAGUGUCGCCCCAGUAUCUCACCCUUACCCCUGGAAACUCAUCGAAUAAUCUCUGGACGACGAGCACUGAUCUCACCGUCACUGUUGCGGCAAACGAGAGCACGAGAUUCUACUAUGUGCGGCACGCCAAGUACAAUACCCUCGACUCGACAAAAUACAAACUCACCAUCCCGACUACGGCGUUUGGAAACAUUACUGUUCCUCAGAUUGCCAAUACGAGUCUCACCCUCAGUGGCCGUGACUCGAAGAUUCAUGUCAGCAAUUAUGACAUCGGGCAAGCAACGCUUGUAUACAGCACUGCAGAGAUUUUCACCUGGCAUAAGUAUGAGGAUAAGACCGUUUUGGUCUUGUACGGUGGGCCAGGAGAGACACAUGAGUUCGUUCUGGCAGUCACUGGACUCGAAGUCCUCGAAGGCGAGGUUCAAUCCAUCGCAACCAGGGGAUACACGCUGGUCAACUUCGAAGCCAACGAGAAGAGGAAAGUGGUCAAGGUCGGAGUGGGAAGUAAUUUCAUUUAUGUCUACAUGCUGGAUCGCAACUCCGCCUACAACCACUGGUCCAUCGACACUGCACCUCACGACUCCUCCCACGCCGUCAUCCUCAAAGCCGGCUACCUCAUGCGUACCGCAAAGAUCGAUGGGAACACCCUCUCCCUGACUGGCGACGUGAACGCAACGACCCCCAUCGAGAUCCUCGGCGGUGCGCCCUCCUCCCUCUCAACCCUAACCUUCAACAAGCGCCCCCUCCCCUUCCAAACCUCCAACCAAACCGGCGCCAUAACAGCCACAAUCCCCUACAACCCACCCGAACUCUCCAUCCCCAACCUCUCCACCCUCCAAUGGCACUACCUCGACUCCCUCCCGGAGCUUCUCCCAACCUACAACUCCACCCGCUGGACCUCCGCCUCCCACCCCAAAACCCCCAACACGCACCGCCCCCUCACGACCCCAACAUCCCUCUACGCCUCCGACUACGGCUACCACACCGGUGCGCUCCUCUACAGCGGCACCUUCACCUCCACCGGCAACGAAACCACCCUCUCCCUCUCCACAUCCGGCGGCUCCGCCUUCGCCCACUCCGCCUGGCUAGACGACCACUUCCUCGGCUCGUUCCGCGGCUACGACGCCGCGACGACCGCGAACUCCACCUUCACGCUCCCGGCCCUCGCGAAGGGGUCACAACACGUCAUCACAGUCCUAAUCGACACAAUGGGCCUCGACGAGAACUGGACUAUCGGCACAGAGCAGAUGAAGAACCCGCGCGGCAUCCUCGACUACCGUCUCUCAGGCCGGGAUCAACGCGACGUGGCGUGGAAACUGACGGGCAACCUCGGGGGCGAAGACUACGCGGACGUGUCGAGGGGUCCGCUGAACGAGGGGGGGUUGUUUGCUGAGAGGUGUGGUUUGCAUCUCCCUGGUGCGCUUAGCACAACCACCAGCAGCAGGAGAAGUAGGGAGGGUGGUUCAUCAUCGCCGUGUAACGUCGAAUGGAAAGCGUCGAAGGGUCCUGUGUUGGAUGGGCUGACGGGACCGGGGGUUGGGUUCUUCGCGGCGGAGUUCGAACUGCGUGUGCCGGAGGGGUGGGACGUGCCGAUGUCGUUUACGUUUGAUAAUUCCACGCUUGGUGGGGGAGGAGGAGGCGGGGAGGCGUAUAGGGUGCAGCUUUAUGUUAAUGGGUGGCAGUAUGGGAAGUAUGUUAGUAAUGUGGGGCCGCAGACGAAGUUCCCUGUUCCGAGGGGGAUACUAGAUUAUGAUGGGACGAAUUAUCUGGCGGUGACUCUGUGGGGGCUUGACGAUAAGCCGGUGAAGGUUAGGGGGUUAGAGUUGACGGUCGAUGGGGUGGUGUGGAGUGCGGUUGGGGAGGUGGGAGUGGUGGAUGGGGAGAGGUUUAAGGUUAGGGAGGGAGCUUAUUAGGUGUAGA